AUGUCCGAAAUUCCUCCAUUCCUGCCAGUGCAACCAACGAAUUCAGUAACACCAACACCACCACCGCCGACAGACACCGACAAUGACACCGACACCGAACACGCCAACAAGCCAAGCAAACCUCCCGAGCCAACACGCAACCGCACCCAAACGAAGAUGUGACGACGAAACCAACUUACGAAUACACCCGUUCCUUGGAUGAGGUGGACGGAGGGUGGAGGCCUUGCUUUCCGGCUUUGCUUUCCGUCUUUGCUUCCCACUGACGGCUAUUGCUGACUAGCCACGCUGCUCCCCCAACAUCCAAUGUAUCCGAACCGUCGAUCUGACACCUGAGACGUCUAAUACCAACUCCCCUUCCAGCGAUACAAUGCAGCUCAAACACGGAAUAUUACACAUGCACUCACUCACUUGCUCACUUGCACACCAUCACACACACACCACCACACACCGUGGAAGCGGUGACCGGCGCAUAUAGGCAGACCGCCCUGUUCCUUGCGCCGUCAGGCAUGCUCAUAGGCUUACUGUAACCUGCCGCCGACACUAUACGAACCAAUAUCCGUACUCGCCGGGCACCGAGGGAGUUGACACGCAACGGCGACAUUCCAUUCGUGCUUUAACUGCCCUGCCUAGCCAGUCGUAGUACCGGUGUCGCAAGUAUUACGGCCGUGCUGACUGGAUUGGACUGGGCUGGCCUUCUCAGCGCGCCAUCGCCCUGCGCCCGACCCCGCGGCCUUGACUUCCCCGGCCUCUGACUCAGACUGGGGGUGGCGCACACGGAUCCCAUUCACAUUGACCUACGGAUAUGUCCUACGCUACUUACAUCGCUGUAUGGUUUCCCCGGAUCAUCCUGGCUGAGGGCGUGUGAAUGCUAGCCUCGGACGGGAACGGUCAAUC